GGGCGCGCCCGCCGCCCCGCCCCGCCCGCCGGGCACGUGGUGCCGCCGCUCUAGGCCGCUCCGGAGGGAGGCACCUCCUGGUCGCCGCCGUCACCUGCGGCCCGGAUCAGCUGCCUGGCACCUCGGAGCGCCGCACCCACCAGGUCGCCCGCCACGUCCCGCUCCCAGGGCCCCUCCUUUUCCAGCCUAGCCCGACCCACUGCGGGCAGGCGGAGGCUUAUUCUCAUUAUCGCCAACCCAGAGGUAGCCCCUGGUCCGGGAUUGGCAGGGGGUGCUAGUCGAAUGGAUAGGCUGAGAAAAGCUGCGACAUCAGAUGGCCAAGAUGGAGAAAGGGAAAAAGUCCCUCCCCACUCGCUGUCCCUCCGUGACCUCUAGGUUUUUAACACAGCCUAUGACUCUCUACAGUGACCUCGCCCGAGAGUGGUGGCAGUGGUCUUCUGGUCCUGAAACCCAGCCGAGCCGAAGCUACAGGACUGAUCUGGCAUCUGGGUUGCAGCACUUCCAAGGCUGCGGUUCCCCCUGGAGGGGUUUGCGUCAGAAGGGCCUAAGGUGGCAGUGAAGCACAGCUGACACCAGGAGGCAGGAGCCCGAAAAACACACAGCGCACGCAGACUCGUCCCUAGCUCUACAACUGCUGCCUGACUACAAAGUGAAGGAGGCUCAGUUCAUUUCUGCCAAAGAUGAAUAUGUUUUAGAAGACUACAAGAUGAAUGUGAUUCAGACUGAGGCAAGGCAACAUUGAAUGAUGAAAUGACUAAAGUAGAGUAUGGAAAAAUCCUGUGAUGGACCAUCGGCAGUGAUUCUAGAAGUCCAGAACACAUCAUCCUAAUCUAAGAAGAAGAGGAAACUAGAAAAUGUUUCCAGGAAAAGGUUUAUGGUUCCAAUCAAUUGACAUAUGUUGCCUUGAGAGUCAAAUUGGGUGAAAUUAAAAGACUACAGAUUGUGGUUCAUUAUUGGAAAGAAAUGAGGAGAAAGUUGCUGAACAUCAGUCUGGCUUCAGAAGGCUGCCUGGUCCAAUAUUAAAGAACAAAAGAAGAAUGUUGGGUGCAAAAUAUGACAUCAUAUACAGAAGACCCUAACUACUGUCCAAGGGAUCAUUGAUGAUCGCAAUAAAAAAGAAACAAGUGAAGUGAGGUAAAAUCCCCUACAGUCUUCAGAGGGCGCUGUAGCCUACAGCACUGUUGGCUUUGCUUCUGCAAUCAACAGCGACAGGCACUUACAGAACAAUUACUUUAACUGGAAAAUACGCUUCAUUCAAACAACCCUACAGGGUGUUGGAUAAUCACUUGGCAUUGGAUAACCAACUGUGUGUGCUCUUCCUAGAUAUUCAGUAAUCAUUGAGCAUCUGCUGCAUGAAGAAAACUGUAAUAAUCAACCCUGAACUUCACUUGGAUGUUCAGACAGCCAGAGUCAGACAGUGCUUUGAUACUUAUUUUCCUGGACUGCCUGGAAAAUGCUGCUAGGGGUAUUUUUCCUCUUGUUAAAUGGUAUGAAGAUGCAAGAGCCUUCUGUGAGCCCAAACCUGAAGGUGCUGCUUAGUAAGGAAACACUCUAAACAUCACUUGAAAAGCAUCUAGCAUCAUGGAGAGAGACCAGGAAGAAACUGUGAAGGCCAGACUACUCUACCAUGAUGUCUGCUUGGCAGCACAGCGUCUUGAUCUUUUCCUUCAAAAAGAAAAUGCCCACAAAGAGGUGUUCAAGCCACACAUCCUGGCUCUCAGAGAGUUGGUUCAACAAGCCUGCAUUAAACUCAUGUUCCUGCAUCCAGUGGUGUAUGGUAGGAAGGCAGAAGAGCUCUUGUGGAGAAAAAUAUACUCUGAUGUUAUCAUGCUGCACAUGAAGACCAAUAAGAAACAAAUGGACACUUUCCACCACUGGGGAGGUCCCCUGCAGGCUCACUUGAAGGCUGGCCUCAAGUUCUAUGAACAUCUCUUCCUGUUCCUUCAGGGCCACUAUGAGCUGAGACUACAGAGCUACAUAGACUGGCCUCACAAUGCCAUCCACUUGAUUGGCUGUAAGAAAGUGGGAUCUACAUCAGCCGAAGAGGCUUCGUGGGCCCGCAUGGCCUGUCAUCGCUGUCUACUCUACCUGGGAGACUUGUUCCGUUAUCAGCAUGAGUUCCUAGACCUGGCCACCAAGAACUUGGCAGAGAGGUGUUACUACAGAGCCUUGUCAGUGGCCCCGCACAUGGGAAUGCCCUUCAACCAACUGGGUGCUCUCAUGGGGAGUAAGUAUUAUGACCUUGAAGCUACAUACUAUUAUCAGCGCUGCCUCUAUUCUGAAGUACCCUUUAAAGGAGCAGCUUGGAACCUCAAACGGCUCUUUGACCAUGCAGGAAAGAGAUACAGUUGUUUAAAGAGGUACCAGGGAAGGAAACUAUCUCGUAGCCAGAGGCAAUGUUGGGACAACAAAAGGCUUCUGGUUAGCUUUCUUUACCUUCAGAGCCUCCUGCAGCCUAAGAAAAAAUUCAAAGCUGCAAGGCUGAUAGCCCUGUGCCAGCUGGUUCUUGAAGACUUCCGUCUCUGUCUUUCCUAUCGGCCAUAUCAAUCUGGCCUGUACCAGUCUCCCAAAGAAGAUAAACCGCCUAAAGGCUAUCUGUUUCUCCCGGACUUCCUCAUCUUUCACAUGGUGGUUCUUUGCCUCAUGAAUGUGCACAGCCUGAGAAAAUCAGGCUCAAAACAGCAAAAGCCAGCUGUCAUCUUCACCUUGACUCUUUUCUCUUAUCUAGUACAACACGUGAACACACGAAUUCAGGCUGAGCUGCAGAAGAGGAAGUUGAUUCCGGAAGAGGAUUCUCCCAGUGGUGGAUGUUGGGAGAAAGAGCCUGGAAAGGACUAUCAAGAUUUUACAUCUCUUGGGCUUCAGAACAGAAACUCUCAGAAAAGCCAUGUGUGGUCUGGUAUUUAUGCAGAAAGUGAGGCCAAUUUUCAUUCCUGCUGUGACUCAGAUGAGACAGAAGAGGAGGAAAACUCAUCCUUAAGCUCCCAGGUCCAAUCAGACACGAGCAGUGAAACAUCCCACUCAGAUGCAAGUGAUGAAGAAGGGAGUGGCUCCUUGAGUUCAGAUGCAAUUCAGAAAAGUGGAGGUACUUCUAAACCUAAAGCUGCUCAUUCCAGAAACAAAUUGAAGACAUAUGUACCUCCUGAUAGUCUCCUUGAUCUUUUGAAAACAACCAUUUCUUCUAGCCUGCCAGCUCCUUUGAGCCAAAAACUCCAAGGAAAACAUGGCUUGUCCCUGGCUCCCAUCUGUAGUCAUAAUGUUCUGACAUCUCAGACUGAGCCAAGCCCUGCUGUUGGCAGUUCUUUGGGCACGGAAGGUGAGAUGAGCAGGUUUCCUGAGACGGAGUUCCACACGGGUUCCUCUUGGGAUCGGAGACCCUCCAUUGCCCAGAACAAUCUCCAGACUACUCAAUGGAAACUGGACAUUCUUUCUGCGGAGGGACUGUUGCCUACUAUCAAGGUGAUCCUGAGCUGGAUCCGUAGCAAUCAUAGCCUCAUCCUGUCACAUUGGAGGAGCGUAUUUAGUUUGUGGGACCACCUCUGUGUUCUGCUGAACCUGCUACCCUCAGUAGGAGACCUUCAGCAUCCAGGCCUUGGCCUGUCUCACCAUCUCCAGGACUUGCUGCAGAGCUGUCAAUGGCCACAUACUCCCAAGUACCUUCAGCUCCCUGAGGACAUUGCCCUGUUCCAACAGGCUCCCCAAGAGUCCCAGUGGAGUACAGGCUUAGGACAGAAUGCACCUCCACUCACCAGCCUGGAGGAAGUUAUUGUGCGUAUCUGUUUCUUCAGAAGUUUUGGUCACUUUGCAACUAGACUCCCAGGACAGUUCCUGAGGUUUGACUCUAAGCUGCGUGUCUUUGUGAGCAGCAGUAUCGAAAGGUCAGAAAACGCACCUCAGCAGCUUCCAAGAACAACUGAAAGAAUCAGGUUUUCCAAAGGCAUAGUCCAGCUCUGGCUUCAGCGUGAAGUGGCAUUGCUAGAGAAGACCCUCCGAGGUCCCCAGACUCGGUCCGUGUUGACCCCUUAUCUGUUUCCUGAUCCCAGAGCCCUCUGCGAGCAUCUUUCAGUCAUACAAAAACUAGCCACUAGUGCUAAGUUUUUUCUUAUCAUACCCAAGAUCGUGGUUGACACAUUGUACAUCCUAAAAUGGGAAGACCACAGGGCCUUGGAAGCUAUCACUUUUCUAGAGGAUGAGUUAAAGAGAAGGAACCAGUACAUUCUCUGCCAGUCCUUUGUGUCUGAAAGGUUGGUAAGGCCCAGGAUGACUAGACCAGAUUCUGAUGCCUGGGACCUCUUCAAUAUUCUUGAGUUCUGCAAAAGUCUGUUGGACUCAUCCAGACCAGGGACACUGGAUCCCAGCAGUAUGGUGACCAUCAUUACUGGCAUCUGUUUGGAACACCCUAGAAAUUUCCCAUACCCAUUGCAGUUGGUGUUGGGGAUGGCCACUGAAGCUGGUGUGGAAAUCAAGAAUAUCCUGAGUUUUCACAAAGAAUGGAAGGUGAUCAGUUGACAUGUUAACACUUUUCUGGUCCUUGUCCUUCAGUGCUUAUAACUCUAAUUUAGUGUGUUUCUCCCUCAUAAACACCAAACUCUGAGGUAGUCAUUGUGUACAUGAAUAUUUAUGUCUACUGAUAAGUAGAAUUGUAGUGUACCAGCUUUCAGAAGCCUUUCUGUUUCAUUCUUGGCCAUAUCAGCUCUGUAUUAUGCUUCCUCUGGAUAAAAAAUUUCAAGAUUAACUCACUGAUUAGUGAUCCCAUUAGUGAUUUGGCAAAGCAGCAAAUCCAGGUGUUAUUUCUGUGUCCAAAUACAGCUUUAUGGACCUUGUGAUGUACUUAGCUCUGUUUUGUGACAUGCAACUUUUAUGUAUAUUGUUUUAAUUUGGUGGGGCCAGCUCUAUUAUUGAAGGCACACCUCUACCACUUAUGAAACUCAAUAAAUGCAAAGCUAAAAUUUCAU